AUGACCAACGGUGGCGAGGGAAGCGGGGACCAGCCACCAGAAAUGCAGCUGGCUGGGAGGCUGGCCCUUUCAGCGGCCGCUCUACUUUUGCUGACUUUGGCAUACAAGUACUAUCGGUCUCGGGUGUCUGCCGGCUCCGUGGGAGGUGACGGUGUCAGAACCGAUGCUGGGAAGGCAGCUGGGCAAAGAGAGCAGCUGGCAUGCGACGGGGCAGUGAGAGAGGCAGUGGGCCAGGAACUGAGGCACAGGAACGUCUUCAGCGAAGGGGCGAAGGCGAAUGGCGGGCCAGCCGAUCCAAACAUGCCCCGUGGCCGACCUGCUGCCGUGGGAGAGUCCAGACUGCAAUAUGCACCUGUUGGCAGAGAGGUGAAGUUUCUGAAUGGGAAAGAAGAGAAGGAGGAGGGAAAGCAGAGAGAGGAAAUGAGUCAUCUAGGAACCGGAUCGCAACCAGACAAAAAGCAGUCCCCGCUGGAGACGGAGGCGGCGGUGGAAAAGGAAGAAGAAACUGCAGGUACGGUUUUGAGCUACGCAAGUCGGGCUGGGACAGCGGAUGGGCUUGCAGCGACACGGCCAAGGGGGAGGCUGACUUCUCUAGGUCUGCUGAGUCAAGGUUGUUGUGGCAUCGGCAGUUCUGACAGUGACCACAGGGGGCCUUGCCUGAAAGCCGAUCUUUGCCCUGGUCCUCGUGACGAGCAAGCAGGGCGGGAUCCUCCUCCUCCUCCUCCAAAUGGGAACAGGUCCCCCAUAGGAAAAGAGAAAGGGCCGGUGUUGGGAGACGACAUGAGUCAGAAUUCAGCCCAGGUGCCAGAGGUGCAGGUGGGACAAGAGAGAAUCCAGUCCUUCCAUGCAACUUCUGACAUGGGCCUGGCUAUCAAUCAGUUCAGUGGGCGCUCCAGCACCGCCUACACCUUCUCCUCCGUAGCAAAAGUCCAAGUGGAGGAGAACUUCAUUAAAGAGAGGCAGCUGAAAGAAAGCAGCUGCAGGGAACCGUCCUUAUCGGGGAGCGGCCUGAGAGGCAAAGUCUACGACUACUACGUCCAGUCCGUCUCUCAGUCAGUGCUGGAUGAAAGGCCCUCCCAUAGAACUGGGGUCACACGAGCACUCGGCAGCCCACCUCCCAGUGACCCACCCCAUGAGCCUGAGGCACGACUGUGUCAGGAAGCAGCCCAGAAUCCGGCAGUGGAAGACGAGGAGACCAGAACCACCCUGAAGGAAGGUCCAGCCCCAUCUUCUGUUGCUCUGUUCCCAGAGGAUCAUGCAAAUGCCACACAACAGGUAGACCCGGAAGAGACCAAUAAAGAAGCAAGUGGCUUCCAGCAGCCUCCAGGAACAGGACACGGCUUCAGUCGGAAAGAGAGUUUCCACCAGAUUGCAGAAAACCCAGACCUUCAGGUGCAGAUGGAGGGGUUUGGUGCUCGGGCCUCUGGGAAGUCGGGCUGUAGCGCUCCAGAUAUCAGUUCCAUCCGCUCCCACUCAGUUUCUUCCCUGAUUGGAUCUAUGCAGAGCCUCGAGGCCGACGCGACGGUGGAGCCCACCGUGAAGCUUCUGGCCGGCGCCAGGUUCUUCCACGUCCCGCUGGACUCGGACUCCUCCAUAGACGUCCAUCUGGAUCUGGGGAACUGUUACGAGGUCUUGUGCAUGGCCAAGAAGCAGAAGCUAGAGAGAGUCCAGGAAGCCGCUUAUAAGGUCAUGAGUGAGAAUUACCUUCAAGUGCUCCGAACCCAUGCGAUAUACGGGCGCCUCAAUGCCCUGGAGAGGGACCUGAUCCUGCAGAGGAGGAUGCGGGGCAAGAAGUAUGUGGUCGUUGCUGACAUCAGCUCACAGGAUCACAGCCACGGCGCAAGCAGACUCUGUUACUAUGACGACCAGGGUGACACUUGGCACCCGCUAGCACAUGUGCCCAUGGAGGCCGUCUCCAGGGGUUGUGCAGUGUGCAACAUGUUCAAUUAUCUCUUUGUGGUGGCUGGCUGCGAGGGGCGAGGAAAGAACCAGAAACCUUCCAACCGGGUCUUCUGCUACAACCCGCUGACAAACAUCUGGCGAGAGAUCUGUCCCCUGAAUCAAGCCAGGCCUCACUGCAAGCUGGUCGCCUUGGACGGCUCCCUCUAUGCCAUUGGGGGAGAGUGCCUUUACACUGUUGAGCGCUACGACCCACGGAUGGAUCGCUGGACUUUUGCAGCCCCAUUGCCUAAUGACACCUUCGCCGUGGCCCAUACCGCCACCGUGUGUGAUGGGGAGAUCUACGUCACGGGGGGUACGUUGCGGUACAUGCUGCUGAGGUACAUCAGCCGGUCGGAUACCUGGAAGAUCAGCCUGACCGGGGGGAGUAAGGACAGGACCACCGAGAUGGUGACCAUCAACGGCUUCAUCUACCGGUUUGACCUGAACCGCAGCAUGGGCAUCAGCGUCUACCGCUGCAGCGCCAAGGCCAAGCUUUGGUAUGAGUGUGCCACCCACCCCAUGCCUUUCCCUGCUUGCUUUCAGUGUGCCGUUGUCGAUAAUCUGGUGUACUGCAUCAGCCGGCAAUUCAAUAUUCGCUUCCUUGCGGAUUAUGUCUCUCCGCGGUUCGGGACCAAGGAAUUACAAAAUUUCCCUUCCCCGAGAGGGACCCUUUUCCCCACAACGCUCGUGCUGCCCGACAGAGGGGCGGCACAGACAAGAGUCUGA